AUGCACUCUAAGAUAGGCCAGAGUUUGUUUUUUAUUCCCGGCGACGAUAACUGGAAACGUGUGCGCUCUAUAUUGUCCCCCGUGUUUACAUCGGGUAAACUCCGGGCAAUGUUGGGACACAUCGGCGGUAUUUCCGACGGUUUGGUCGAGAAUUUGUCAAAAUUUGAGAAAAAAGGUGAAUCAGUAGAUAUGCGCAAACACGUGGGCGCGUUUGCAAUGGAUGUGAUCAGUGCCUGCGCUUAUGGCAUAGAUGUUAAGUCUAUUGAUAACCCCAACCAUCCGGUAGUCACAAACGCUUCAAAGAUAUUGAAUGCUGACGCGGGUAUUAGUGCUGCGUUAUCUUUAUUGGCACCGGGUAUUGCCAGAUUUUUUGAGCUAGAACCAUUUGACAUAAAAGCAACUGGAUAUUUUGAUCAAUUAACCAAGAAGAUAUUAAGCGAAAGAAAAAGCAACAAUAAAUAUGUUAACACUGAUAAAACCAAACGGCGGACAGAUUUUAUACAAUUAAUGAUAGACUCGGAAAUGUCAGACAAAGAGUCGGCAUAUUAUUCCGGUAAUGAACCGGAAGUGGACGACGAGUCCAUCGGUGGACAGUUGGCAAAGAAAGUUGUGGGAACCCUAACACCGGAUGAGAUGGUAGCUCAGGGUUUGCUGUUUUUCAUCGCCGGUUACGACACGACAUCCGCCGCCAUAACACAUGCCAUAUACUACUUGUCUGAACACAAAGAUUGUCAGCAAAUACUAUACAAAGAGUUAAAAACUUGCGAUGAGUUUACGUACGAAAAGUUAUCGCAACUGAAAUACUUGAACGCAGUUAUCAAUGAAACACUACGUCUCGCGCCUUCACUAACACGUGUUCGACGGGAAUGCCUUCAGAACUACAAACUCGGAAAUACAGGUAUUACAAUCCCAAAAGGGGCAACCGUUGAGAUCUUGCCGUACGCUUUGCACAGACAGGCAGACCUGUGGCCCAACCCUAACGACUUCAUACCCGACCGUUUCCUAAACCCAGUACACCAUCCGUACGCUUACAUACCCUUUGGUGGCGGACCCCGAGUAUGCAUUGGACAGAGGUUUGCUAUGCAAGAGAUGCGAAUGUGUUUGGCCAAGCUCAUACAUAAGUUUGAAUUCACCUUGGCACAACCACCAAAAAUCAAUUAUUUUAUUGGAUCCAUACUUAUGUCACCCAAAGAUCUGCUCGUUAAGCUCAAAGCUAGGGAUUAUCUAGCUUUCAACAUAAACACGAUUAUUAUCAAAAUAGAACUAUUACUGCGGCGGCGAUUCACUUACUGGUCUCGCCAGGGUGUGCCGGGACCAAAAUACAUUGAGUACAGGGGAUUUACGAAUGUACACCACGAGCACACACUGGAGGCCGUCAAUAAAUAUGGCAGAGUGUACGGCGCGUACUCAUUCACGGGCACACAUUUGGUAUUGAACGAACCUGAUCUGCUCCGAGACGUUAUGGUGAAAGACUUUCACGUGUUUCCCAAUCACAAAAUAUUCCACCUUGGUAGCUCCAAAAUUGACCAGAGUCUGUUUUUCCUACCGGGUGAUGAUAACUGGCGACGCGUGCGCUCUAUACUAUCGCCGGUGUUUACAUCGGGUAAACUCCGGGCGAUGUUGGGACACAUCGGCGGCAUUUCCGAC